AUGCCGUCUCUCGGGCGCCUGUUUACACUGGCGCUGUGGAUCGGUCUCCUGACCCCCAUCUACAUGUUCCUCGAGAAGAACUUGGAAAAGUUCUACAUCUUUGAUCACGAGCACCUGCACGACCUCUCCAAGCGCGCCAUCGCCACCCAUGGAAACGACACGCGCUCCGUCGUCAACUACAUUGUGACCGAGCUCAACGGCCUGCACCCCACCAACGUCAACCUCGACGAGGAAUGGGUCUUUAACAACGCCGGUGGUGCCAUGGGCGCUAUGUACAUCAUUCACGCCAGUAUCACCGAGUACCUCAUCGUCUUCGGCACCGCCAUCGGAACCGAGGGCCACUCCGGCCGUCACACCGCCGACGACUACUUCAACAUCCUCUACGGCACCCAGCUCGCCUACGUCCCCGGCAAGUACGAGCCCGAAGUCUACCCCCAGGGCACCGUCCACCACCUCCACCGCGGCGACGUCAAGCAGUACAAGAUGGACGAGGGCUGCUUCGCGCUCGAGUACGCCCGCGGCUGGAUCCCGCCCAUGCUCUUCUUUGGCUUCGCCGACGGCCUGUCCAGCACCCUCGACUUCCCCACACUGUGGACGACGACCCGUAUCACCGGCCGCGAGAUGAUUUCCAACCUGCUCAAGGGCAAGUUCUAG